ACGGAAUCGCUUCUCUCCCUUCCCCUCUCAUUGUGAGCUUUCUUUCUCUCUCCACCUUCUUUGCUUCAACUUCGCACAGAAGAGAGAGAACUAUGAAGUAAGACGCAUGUCCAAUCUAUCUGUUCGGCCACCAUAUAUUCAUGUUAGCAGUUUGUGAACCUCUCUUUUCCUUUGUGCACGGGCGGGUUUGAGUUUACUCCCAUAAUUUUUGUUGCUAUUUUUUUUUUUUUUUGGUCGUUGGUGGUGCCGUUGUUGUUGAAGAUGAUGGUUGCAAACAUCUUCGAUAUGUGGCAAAAGGACGCCUUCUUUUCUGCCGCCGAGGAGGUUCAAGAAUCUGCCGAUGUAAUGGAAUCAGCAUACAGGACAUGGGUAAGAGAGAAGCGAGAAAUGCUAUCACCAGAGGAUUCGGAUAAACUCUAUACAGAGUUGCAAACUGCUUUAGGUACUUCCAAAUGGCAGUUGGAAGAAUUUGAGAGGGCUGUCAGGUUGAGCUAUGGGCUUGGUGGUGAUGACAAUACAACAGCGAGACAUAAACAAUUUAUUGCUGCCAUCCAAGACCAAAUAUCACGUGUUGAAGCAUCAUUAAAGGAAUAUUUUAUUGAGGAAGGAAAGAAACCCCUUCAAUGGGUGAAUCUGGAUGAAAAUGAACGUGAUGAGUUAGCCACAUUUCUCUCCGGCACCUCCCAAAGCUUGCAAAGCGCAAUUGAUGAAUGUCUACAGUACAAACCUUCAAUGGAAAGCUCUCUUUUGGAGAACCAUGCUCAGAGAAAAGAUGCAGACCUUAAUAUGAAUGCUUCCUGUAACAGAGGUUUUUCUGAUAGAGGGAAAGGUUCUAGAGAUGUUAGAAGUAUUAGUAAGGAUGGAAAUCAUGUCAUAAAGAUAGAAGCAAAUCAAAUUCAUGGAAGGACCGACGAUACCAUUUUUCAUGCAGAUAGAACAACUAAUAAUGCAAGGAGGACAUGGAGUUUGCCAAAUUUUGGUGAAUUGAAGAUCAUAAUUCCUGAUGAAGAAGAACCGAUGAACAAACUAAUGCCGAGCAUUGAGGACACACCUAAAGUAAAACGCUCCAGAUCUGUCUUUUGGAAGCAAAGCGGUAGGAAGUUUCCUCCGGGGCAGGGAGCGGUUAAUUUUUUCAGUCAGCUCUUUGGUUGGGUUGGUGGGCUCCAGAGACAAAUGCAAAGUCCACUGUACUUAUCGCUCCGUUCUUCUGUUCAAGUUACACUUGUUUUGAUGCUGACUAUUUUUUUUAUUGUACCUUUUGUAUUUUAUUCAGCUUGAUCGAGUGGGAUUUUUAUGACACGCCAUCAAGACAAUAGGCAUUGAAGCUGUUAAUAAAGCAAGGGAAGUUUGAAAGGCCGGGCUCCGUUUGGAUUGAGAGAUGAGAUAAGAUGAGUUGAGAUGAUUUGUGAAUAAUAGUAAGAUUUGUAAGUUGAAGUUUGUGAAUAGUAAUAAAUAAUAGUGAGAACUCAUCUCUCAAUCCAAACCGGCUCUAGACAACUCAAAAUGUAAAUACACUCAUCUAAAUUCUAAAACAUCAUCCCAACUCAAAAUGUAUAUCAUAAUGGAGUGAGCAAAACCACCGCGUUGAAGUGCAAGAAGCAAAACAGGCAACAGGAAUUGGGCACCUAUUUAUAUUUGUAGACAACUCAAAAUGUAAAUACACUUAUGUUGUCUUCAAAUGGAAGCUACCGAGAAUAUAUGCAGCAUAGACAAUCGAUUCGGAAUAAGCUCUCGACUUUAAACAUGGCUGCUUGUCAAGAACUCAUCCUUAUACGUAGU